AUGGACCUAUUUGAAGCAUUUGUAGCACUCCAAGAAGUUGUGUCAUCUAUUAACUAUGUAUGUGGUGUGUACAUUAUUGUACUACAUGUUGCCUUGGAGAGGUACCAAUCUAGAUUGGAUAUGAAAAGAUCACCACAUCCCUUCCAAGCACAAUUAGACUAUUUGAAUAGAUUGGUGAAGGAUAGCAAUAUUGAUUGUCAUGAACAACUCCGAGUGAAUAGGCGCAUGUGUCUUUGUACACUUGUCCGAAGUGUGGGAUUAUCUGAUUCCAAAUAUGUCCUCUUAGAGGAGAAAGUUGCAAUGUUCUUAAAUGUGAUUUCACACGACUAUAAGAAUCGCAACACCAAGUUCAAUUUCAUGCAGUCUAGGCAAACAAAUUGUCUUGGAGCUCUAGAUGAAACUUACGUUAGGGUUCAUGUUCCUACAAUAGAUAAGCCAAGAUAUAGAACAUGGAAAGGUGAAAUUGUUAGUAAUGUCUUGGGUGUUUGCUCACAAGACAUGCAAUUCAUUUAUGUGUUACCUAGAUGGGAAGGAUCAACUUCAGAUUUUAGGGUACUUAGAGAUGUGGUGGAUAAAUCAAAUGGUUUGAAGGUGCCGACCGGUUUCUACUAUCUUGUAGAUGCGAGUUACACUAAUGAUGAGGGUUUCUUAGUGCCGUAUAAAGGGCAACGCUAUCACCUCUCUACAUGGAGAGAAUGGGGUAUCCCAAUGAAUCCUGAGGAGUUUUUCAACCUGAAGCACUCCGUUGCUUGUAACGUUCUUGAGAGGUGUUUUGGGUUACUCAAGAUUAGGUGGGCAAUAUUGAGAACUGCUUCGUACUACCCAAUCAAGGCCCAGGGUCAUAUUAUUACUACAUGUUGCCUUCUCCACAACCUCAUCAGACGUGAAAUGCCAGUGGAUCCAUUUGAGUUCGAGUUAAAUAACACUCCUUUACCUCAACCUGAUUUAGGAGAAGAGUUCAUCAAUACAGUAGAGCCAUCAAAUCAAUGGAGCAUGGAUAGUGUUGCUACCAAUCGUUCUCGAAAGAAAAGUAAGGGGAAAGCAGAUGCUGGUUCAAUUGGGAGUCGACAUGUCCAAAGACAACCAAGUGUGAGUUCUAUGCAAAACAAGUCAUUUCCCUAUUACGAAGAUUGGCUUGUUCUCUUUGGCAAAGACAGAGCCACUGGUGAGUUAGCUGAAGAUCCCGUAGAUGCAGUUGAAGCAAUUGCUGUGGAAGAAGCUAUGGGGGAGAAGGGUGAUGGUUCUCCAGCUAAGUAA